AUGACAUCAGCGAUUAUUGAUCAAGACAUUACUGGGACAUCAGUCCUUCCAAUCUCAAAGGUCAAGAAGAUUAUUCGUAUUGAUGAUGAUAUUGUACAAUGUUCAAGUAAUUCGGCGUUCUUAAUUGCAAUUGCUACGGAAAUGUUUAUUCAAUAUAUGGUCCAACAAGGAUUAUUAAUGUGUCUAAAUGAAAAUAAAAAGACAAUACAAUAUAGACAUCUUGCAAAUGCAGUAUCUAGAAUAGAUAAUUUAGAAUUUUUAUCAGAUACAAUUCCAAAGACAAUUGCAUUUAAAGAUAUUCCAUCAAAAAAAAACAUCAAAAGUACUGACCAAAAAUACAUAAUCUAAUAGACUAAUAAGGAAAAAAUAUUUGAAUUGAUUACUUGUCAAGUACCAUAAUUAAAAUUACAAGAAUUUAUUUAUUUUCUUUAAAUUA